AUGUCGGAGACGUCAAGUGGCUGGAGUCCCGACAUCCACGAAUUCAACCCCGACGAGCCUGUCUUGGAGGUGGAGGCUGAGGACAUCCAGAUCCAUGCGUUUCAGAGAAGCAACCUGCAGUCAUGGCAGCGGGCCGUCACACUGCAGGAGUUGCUCACGAUUCGCAGCGACCUCCCGCGCCUUUGCCACGGCUGGAGGAGUGAACGCUCUGGCCACCAUCUGGUGCCCGAGAAGUUGAACCUGUACGACUUCGCAUCUCGGCUUCUGACGGGCAGCCGCGCUGCAAGGCAUAGGGGCUCUGGCUCCGUCUGGGCACCGAUCCGGCUCAGCUUUUGCUGUGGGCCAGCAGUGUCAGAGGACGCUUCGCUGCCCAGAGCGAUUGCCAUCGUCCGCCAGGUCCAAGAGAACCGGAGCGAUGGAAGCCCGUGCUUGGACCUUCUUGUGGACCUGAAGCGUGGACGGUUCCUGGCUGGGCCGGGGGCUCCGCCGCUGCGUCUUGCCAGGGAGGGUGGGGACUGGGCCCCGGAAGGUCACAUGCAAUGGGGCCAGUACGAGCUACAAGGCCAUGUGCGCCAGUAUGGUAUUGCAGCCACUGGUGGGGAGAGCCGAUCUUCGAGUUCGCGGCGGGUUGCCAGCGCCACGCAGAAGUUCGGCACCUCGUGGUGUGGCUAUGCCAAUCGCCAGCACGAACUCGAUCAAGAGAUCUCAGUCGAUGUGGCGUCCACAUCCUUCAACGCGGCGCUUCGUUCGGCGCAGGGUCUCCUCCUGAUCUUGGACCCAAAGGCCACUCCUUUCUCGAGGAUUUGGUGUGACUUCGAGCUCUACACGGCCAUCAUGAGUCGUGACAUGGGACUCGACAUCGUGACUACCAUUCCAGCCAGACACGGGAGGGAAGCAGAGACGCGCAUGUUGAGCAAGGACCUGGUACCUGGCGAAUCAGCAGUGGCCAAGUCCGUCAGGGAGCAGAAUUUCCCCAUCAACCUGCUAGCACAUGGGCUGGAGGUCAUGCUGGAAAACGGCAUGGCCACCCAGGAGGAGGACAAGAGGGCGAUUCUCAAAGCCAUCGCGACGGAAAAUUUCGAACCCGGCCCUGGGAAGCCGCACGUGUCGAACGAACUGCGGGCCAACAUGACCCUGCACUCGACACUUGCCAUCCUGGCAUGGCCACAGGCGAUGAAUCGAGACCAGCUGAAAUAUGGGAAAGAGAACGACAAACUCGACGUCGAAGGAGCCUUGCGUUCGGAUGUUACGAGGGACUCCGUUGAAUUGAGCUUAGCGCACUUCGAGAAGACCUGCGUAGAUGCAG